AUAAACGUCAAAAAAAGGGAAGCUUUGGCUUGUGACUUGAUUGCUUGUUUGUUAAAUUAUUUUUAAAAAACAAAUUGAAUCACAGUCAAUAACUUAAUUAAGAGCUACAGAUUCAAGUGUUUAAUAGUGCUAUUGUAAAUUGUGUGAACUUUUUGCCUCUUUAUGGCUGGGAUGUACGUUGCCUAGUUGACGAAUUGACAUGUACCCAUGUAAGAAUCCUAAAUAGACUUUUGAUGUCGGGGCCGUGUUUAAAAAUAACAUUGGAUUGUCGCGACGGGUCGGGCGGCGGUGAUCCUGUUUGCGCCACAAAACACAAUGGCUUCUAACAUUAUAUUUUGUAUAUCACUGAUAGUCUCAGGUAUCCAUGCAGUACCACCAAGUGAGGAAAACCUCCCACCUAGGCCUAAAGAAGGUGGUGUAACUACACGUUACUGUGAAUUCUAUAAUAACACUUUGCCAGAACCUUGCGAUAGGUCCAAAGAUGCCACAUGUGUGCCAACAAAUAUUGUGAAAGAGGAGUGUCAGCCCAUAGAGGCAGAUAAGAGCAAUCACUGCUUCACACUAUGGCAGUUUGAUAAUAUAACAAACACAGCAACAGUAAAAGUAAAAGGGUGUUUCCUUGAUACUGUAGCAUGCAACGAUCGAGCGUCAAACUGUCGCCUUCACAACAUGAAACUUCCUCUUCUCCACUGCUGUUGUGAAGGCGAUAUGUGCAAUGAGAACGCCACUUUCCCAGGACUUGAAGCUGGUAUGCCUCUACAAACCGAGAUUCCGCCCCAACGAGUGCCCGCCUCACCUCUGCCUACCGCGGAGGAUGACACGAAAGCAGUCAUAGCUUACACGUUGACACCGCUAUUUCUCCUAUUUGUUGUUCUUGUUGGUUGCUAUCUGUUAUAUAGAAGACGUAAAGGUGGGUCUUUUGAUGAGCUCGGAAAUGGCGAGGCGUCGUUAUCUCGUCCACCUUCAGCGAGCGCUGGGAUGGAGAACGAAGGCGUGAGCUUACUGGGACAAGUGACACUCUGUGAGGUUCGGGCUAGAGGCAGAUUUGGAGCUGUGUGGAGGGCGAAACUGGGCCAACGCGACGUCGCUGUCAAAGUCUUCCCCUUGCAAGACAAGCAAUCGUGGCUUGCGGAGCAGGAAAUAUACAGGCUGCCGCGAAUGGAUCAUCCAGAUAUAUUGCACUAUAUAGGAGUUGAUAAGAAGGGAGAUAAUUUGCAAGCGGAGUACUGGUUGAUCACUGAAUAUCAUGAAAGGGGCUCGCUAUGCGACUAUCUAAAAGCGCACACGCUUACCUGGUCGGAGGCGUGGCGUAUCGCGGCGUGCGUGGCCCGCGGGCUCGCGCACCUGCACGAGGAAGGCGGCGGGAAACCGGCCAUUGCGCAUCGCGACUUUAAAUCCAAAAAUGUGCUAUUGAAAGCGGAUUUAAGCGCUUGCAUCGCUGACUUCGGGCUGGCGCUUAUUUUCGUGUCGGGACACGGGUGUGGAGACGCCCACGGGCAGGUUGGCACGCGACGGUAUAUGGCGCCGGAAGUGCUGGAUGGGGCUAUUAACUUCACUAAGGACGCGUUCUUGAGAAUAGACAUGUAUGCGUGUGCGCUUGUGCUGUGGGAGAUUGCGUCAAGAUGCGAAGAGGGCGGCAUUGACCCAACAGCACAGUACCGCCUACCAUUAGAAGAAGAAGUAGGUUCGCAUCCGGGAUUAGAAGAGAUGCAAGAAACGGUAGUGCAAAGGAAAAUGAGACCACAUAUACCCCCGCAGUGGAGAGAUCACCCCGGUCUCUCCGUGCUCUGCGACACAAUGGAGGAGUGCUGGGACCACGACGCGGAAGCCCGGCUCUCGGCGUCGUGCGUCCUCGAGCGCAUCGCGGCCCAGCGGCCCACGACGCAUUUCACCGACACCACACCACUGCUGAUACACGAGCUGAACGAGCAGAACUGCUGACCGCUGCUCAACCUUGAGGAUCUGCCGCUGAUCACGCUCUGAUGGUGAGGUCGCGGUUGUUAAGGGGGAGGAGGAGUUAGGUGGAUGUCUUAGGUGUAGGUUUCGAAGUGUGUGCGGGUAGAGGUUCGGGACAAUGUUAU